AUGUUAAAAUUAUUUGUGUGUGUGAAAUCCCAGCUUGCUCCAGAGAACACACUCAUGUCCUUUAAGAAGGCAGUGGAGGCUGGAGGGGAAGGUCUGGAGACCUGACGUCACCAUCAGGUCAUGGUGGUUGUCCACCCUCCUCACACCCUGUCCAUCUUGUGUACCUAAGCAUGUACCAACAUUAGUCUAUCUCACCAGUCGUGGUGGUAUUAUGAAACAAGCUUGCUAUGCAAGGUUAGCCCAACAUAGCUGGUGAGCUCAUAUCAUCAACAAGCCAUUGGCAUCAGGUUCUUUCCCAUGCUAGUCCUGGGCAUUUUUAUUGGAGUAAAACAUUUACUGAAGGAGACUUUGACAUACCUGAAAAAUUAUAGAUGGAUUGAUAAAGUACCUGGCUCUCUUUGACUGGGUUAUCGUGCUGCACUUCAGUCAACUCCAUAAUCAUCAACUCAGUAACUACCAUGUCCUCCUCUCGUUGCUGUAGCUACGACGGGGUGCCCUUCCUGAUGCACGACCACACCCUGAGGAGGACUAACCAACGUGCAUAAGGUGUUCCCCAACCGGACGGACGCCCCUGCGGCCAUGUUCACCUGGGGGAGCUGGAGACCCUCAACGCCGGGGCCUGGUUCCUCUAUGUGAGUCACCAACCGCCGCUGCGGUAGUACCUCUGGAAGACUUAGGGUCACGUAAAAUAAGCCUAGUCUUGAACUGCUUUUUAAUAAAGAUCAUGAUCAUUUUGCUUCAUGGACAUGGUAUGAUGGGAAACCAGGGCAUGUUUGUCUCCAAUGGAAGUAGUUACGACAACAUAAUAAGAUGAUGGAUAGAGAAGAUAGACAUUUUGUCACUACACCAAAGUACUAUCGAUGGGGGUUGGGAGGUUAUCAAUUGCUCAACUCCAAUUGCACAACUACCGACUUUAUAGAAUACAAUGUGAUAUUACAUUGUCCCCUGCAUUGCGCCAUGCAAUAUGAUUUGCCAUUAUGCCAAAGCAUUCCGUAUACUGACUGUCCCUCUCCCCCUGGUGGUUCUGCAGCGCGACCCGUUCGGCACGGCCUGGUCUCUGGGUGCCGAGGACAGGGUGCAGGCACAGAACCAGUCCGUGUGCUCCCUCAGGGACUUCCUGGAGCUGGCGGCCCAGAGGGGCAAACAGGUGAUCUUUGACCUCUACCGGCCCCCUCGGGGCCACCCCUACAGGGACACCUGGAUCACACACACCCUUGAGUUCAUCCAGAACGAGUCCUCCAUCCACUCACACCAGGUGAGGGCACUGAGGGACGAUGUUAUAAAGAGGAGUAGGGUGAAAUUGCCCCUAGACGCUGAUCUCAGUUUUGCAUUUUCCUCACUAAUGGUUAAGGUUAGGAUUGGGGGAUGGGAAGCAGAUCCUAGAUCUGCAACUAGGGGAAACUUCUUCACUUUGUGUCUGUGUUAGGGCCCCUCACGGGUCCAAAAAGUUGGACCCGUUCCGAAAUGGACCUGGGGCUUUCCCAUCUGGACCCGAAAUGCAUAAAUAAAUGUUGACAUAUAGAGACCCGUUCCAUACGGCCCCGAGGACAACUAGAACCAUUCCGUAUAGACUUUUAUAUAACUUUUGCCCCACACGGAGGCUCUAUGACUGUAGCCUAUUGCCUCUUUGAUGACUUAUGAUUGGCCAAUAACAACAACAAGCUACAAGCUCCACUCUCGUGAAAAGCAAAGAGCAGUAGCAUAAAUUAUACAAUUUCUCUCUCUCUCGCUCUACUGCAGCAGUCGCGUUUGGACAAGUCAGUUAAAAUUACACCUACCCGAGACCUGUGACAAUCGGGUCCCGGAUCGGGUCUCAGGUAUUCGGGUACAGGUGGAUCCGUAAAGACCUCUAGUCUGUGUGUGUGUGUCUCUGUGUGAAUGCGUGUGUGUGUCAGGUGCUGUGGCUGCCGCCAGACCUGCGGAGCCUGGUCCAGGAGAUGGACCCUGACCUCCAGCAGACCUCAGGGUCACGGGGUCCAGUGGAGGAGCUGCAGCAGAACCACAUCGUCCAACUCAACCUGCACUACAGCUCCAUGUCUACAGAGAUGAUCAGGUGUGUCUGUGUUUGUUUGUGUGUGUGUCUGUGCGUUAAGUGGGUAUGUGUUUGUUCAUUAUCUGUCUGUGUGUUUGUGAUGCUUCCCCCAGUGAGUAUGCAGCGGCUAACAUCAGCACCAACCUGUAUGUGAUCAGCCAGCCGUGGCUCUACUCUCUGGCCUGGUGCGCCGGGGCUCAGUCUGUCACCACCAAUGCCCCACAGCUCCUCAACAAACUCACCAGACCCCUCUUCCUCAUGGUGAGAACAACAACAACCCGGGACAAAUACUUCUGCAUCCCAAUAAUCUCUCUUUUCACAGGAAGUGUGCACUUGUUCACUACUCUCCACAAAUGUAAAAACAUUGUAUUUGGUGUAGGCAUGAGCUAGAGAGAGUUUCCAUCAUACAGGUAUUUAUUUUUCCAGUCAUUUUCUUUCAAAUCCAUGAAGGGAAGUGAACAAGUGCACACUUUGGGAGAAAGGACCGAUUAUUAGGAUACAGGGCCCAAAUGCAGCCUAUAUCCUAUCUUCCUUGAAGUAUCACAGAUCUAAAAUUGGUUGGAUUGGUGAAGGUAAUACACCUAGAGACAAUGGUUGUCUGUCUUUCUCUCUCAGACUCCAGAUGAGUACAAUCUAAUGUGGGUCCUCACCGACGUGGUGUCCUUCAUCCUAAUCCUCAUCAUCUUCAUCUUCCACUGGUGAGUGAGCCCACUAGAAUACAGAGAACGAGGGUCGUCGUAAGUUGCCUUUUAAUAUGCCUACAUAAAAAACGUAGAUUGGUUAUGUGAGUGAAAUUGAAGCUUCGGAUGAAGGUCAGUCUGUUUUGGAUUUAACGGUGAUGUCACUUCCUGUAGUGUCCCUUCCUGUCGUGUCACUGCUUGUAGCGAUGACUGUAACUGUGUUGGUGACAGGUGGCGAGAACGAGGCUUGGCUUUCUGUUCGGGCAGCAAACCCACACUAGAAACACGCCACCUACAGCAAGUUCAGGACAGGUGAGUUAGAGGGUGUUGGUAGGAGUUACCCAGUCUCUGCUCCAUGGCUAGCUUUGGUAACAUAUGAGAUACAUGUACAGUGGGGGAAAAAAGUAUUUAGUCAGCCACCAAUUGUGCAAGUUCUCCCACUUAAAAAGAUGAGAGAGGCCUGUAAUUUUCAUCAUAGGUACACGUCAACUAUGACAGACAAAAUGAGAAAAAAAAAAUCCAGAAAAUCACAUUGUAGGAUUUUUAAUGAAUUUAUUUGCAAAUUAUGGUGGAAAAUAAGUAUUUGGUCAAUAACAAAAGUUUCUCAAUACUUUGUUAUAUACCCUUUGUUGGCAAUGACACAGGUCAAACGUUUUCUGUAAGUCUUCACAAGGUUUUCACACACUGUUGCUGGUAUUUUGGCCCAUUCCUCCAUGCAGAUCUUCUCUAGAGCAGUGAUGUUUUGGGGUUGUCGCUGGGUAACACGGACUUUCAACUCCCUCCAAAGAUUUUCUAUGGGGUUGAGAUCUGGAGACUGGCUAGGCCACUCCAGGACCUUGAAAUGGUUCUUACGAAGCCACUCCUUCGUUGCCCGGGCGGGUGUGUUUGGGAUCAUUGUCAUGCUGAAAGACCCAGCCACGUUUCAUCUUCAAUGCCCUUGCUGAUGGAAGGAGGUUUUCACUCAAAAUCUCAUGAUACAUGGCCCCAUUCAUUCUUUCCUUUACACGGAUCAGUCGUCCUGGUCCCUUUGCAAAAAAACAGCCCCAAAGCAUGAUGUUUCCACCCACAUGCUUCACAGUAGGUAUGGUGUUCUUUGGAUGCAACUCAGCAUUCUUUGUCCUCCAAACACGACAAGUUGAGUUUUUACCAAAAAGUUCUAUUUUGGUUUCAUCUGACCAUAUGACAUUCUCCCAAUCCUCUUCUGGAUCAUCCAAAUGCACUCUAGCAAACUUCAGACGGGCCUGGACAUGUACUGGCUUAAGCAGGGGGACACGUCUGGCACUGCAGGAUUUGAGUCCCUGGCGGCGUAGUGUGUUACUGAUGGUAGGCUUUGUUACUUUGGUCCGAGCUCUCUGCAGGUCAUUCACUAGGUCCCCCCGUGUGGUUCUGGGAUUUUUGCUCACCGUUCUUGUGAUCAUUUUGACCCCACAGGGUGAGAUCUUGCGUGGAGCCCCAGAUCGAGGGAGAUUAUCAGUGGUCUUGUAUGUCUUCCAUUUCCUAAUAAUUGCUCCCACAGUUGAUUUCUUCAAACCAAGCUGCUUACCUAUCGCAGAUUCAGUCUUCCCAGCCUGGUGCAGGUCUACAAUUUUGUUUCUGGUGUCCUUUGACAGCUCUUUGGUCUUGGCCAUAGUGGAGUUUGGAGUGUGACUGUUUGAGGUUGUGGACAGGUGUCUUUUAUACUGAUAACAAGUUCAAACAGGUGCCAUUAAUACAGGUAACAAGUGGAGGACAGAGGAGCCUCUUAAAGAAGAAGUUACAGGUCUGUGAGAGCCAGAAAUCUUGCUUGUUUGUAGGUGACCAAAUACUUAUUUUCCACCAUAAUUUGCAAAUAAAUUAAUUAAAAAUCCUACAAUGUGAUUUUCUGGAUUUUUAUUCUCAUUUUGUCUGUCAUAGUUGACGUGUACCUAUGAUGAAAAUUACAGGCCUCUCUCAUCUUUUUAAGUGGGAGAGCUUGCACAAUUGGUGGCUGACUAAAUACUUUUUUCCCCCACUGUACACAUGCACGCACUAACCUAUAUAGCAGGGAUCAUCAAUUAGAUUCAGCGGCUGGCUGAUUUUUUCUUGAAUGGAUGGUCAGGGUGCCGGAACAUAAUUACAAAUAAUAUGUAGACUGGGCUUCUUGCGGUCAAUUUGCAAACAGAUAUAAUAUUUGACUAACUAAAAUAAUUUCAAACCUUGCUUACGUUUGUAUACAAUCACAUAGCAUAUAUCUCUCUAUUAUGCGUUGGAAUACCUUGGAACAGAUUUCCAAAAUUCAAAUCACUUGGAGUCUUUUAUGUCCAUCAAUAAAAAUAAAUAAAUUACUAUUAUUAUUUUUGCUCAGAAAACUUGGGGGGACAAAUAAAAAUCACUUGCGGGUCAAAUUCCGCUCGUGGGCCGCCAGUUGGGGAACCCUGCUAUAUAGGCUUAGAAAAGAGAUUGGUUGAAAUUAAAAAGACAAUGUAUUAAAUAUAUUACUUAAUUAAUCAUUAUUACAUAUGUAUGAAUGAUAAUGACCUUUGUCAACCCCUAACCUCAUCCCCCUGACAGAGAUGAGUGAUGUGUGGUCCGUCUCCAGUGUCAACAUCCUGGGAGAGCCUGCUGGAAGCCCACUAGCCACUGAGCCUAACCUGGCAGCCGUCUCAGAGCACUGA